AUGUCUACAAAGAAGUUUAGUAGUGUAAUUUGGAAUUAUUUUGUGAUAAUAAAUGAUGAAUGUGCAAAGUGUAAAAUUUGUGAUGGAAAGUAUUCUCGUAAGGGUAAAGGCACAACUUCCUUAAAAAAUCAUUUACAAAGAAAACAUCCUCAAGAAUAUAAAUUAUUCUUUAAAGAAGACUCUGCUAAGAAGAGUAUCGACGAAAUAUCACGGCCGGGAACAUCUUCACAAACGGUAAAAAGAGAAUUUAAACAAACUUUUUUUAAAGAAUACAUGGAAAAAGCUAAAAUGUGGGAUAAUACAAACCACAAAUCUAUAAAAAUAGACUAUUUGAUUGCUGAAAUGUUAGCUUUAUCAGAUCUACCUUUUCAACACGUAGAAGAAUUAGGGUUCCGCCGAUUGAUGGACCAUAUUGUUCCAAAUUAUGUUUUAAAAGGUAGAAAGUAUUUUACGGACCUUGUUUGUAGUGAGCUGUACGAUAAAGUGUCAUUAAAAAUAAAAGACAUGUUACAAGAUUUUGAAAAAGUUUCCUUCACGUCAGAUAUCUGGUCUGACUCUUCAUCAGGAGUUUCAUUGUUAUCCUUAACAUGUCAUGGUAUUACUAAAGAUUUUCAACGAAAACAUAUCGUUUUGAAAGCGGAAGUUCUUGAAGAACGUCACACGGGAGAUUAUAUUUCGGAAAUAUUUCAAAGUAUGUUAGAAGAAUGGGGAAUUUUGAAACAAAAUGUGCACUGUAUGGUAAGAGAUGGGGGAUCCAAUAUGAAGCGCGCCUGUUAUUUAUCUGAAGUACAUAGUAUCGACUGUACAGCACAUCAGUUACAUUUGGUGGUUAAAAAUGCAAUACAAAAAGUUAAUGAAAUUUCCAUAUUACUUACAAAAUGUAGGAAAAUUGCUGGACAUUUCAAUCAUUCCACGAUGGCAAAGCAAGAAUUAGAAAAAAUACAAGUUCGACUCAAUCAAAAAGUUCUAAAAGUUUUGCAAGACUCACCAACACGCUGGAAUUCCAGCUAUUAUAUGUUGGAAAGACUUGAUUGCAUCAAGGAGUCGUUGUCGCUUUAUUCUUCUAAUAAUAAAAUAGAACAAUUUGAUGCCGAUGACUGGAUUUUAAUUCAAGAAUUAAUAAAAGUGCUGAAGCCUUUGGAAGACACUACAAAAAAAUUAAGCUCACAAAACACGUGUAUAUCUGACGUUAUUCCUCUAGUACGAGCAUUGAAUAAAAUCUAUGACGAGAAAAAUAUGCAUAUUAGUGACAUUAGUGUAUCCGCAGUUGUGACCUUUGUGUCUGCUUUGAAGAAUGAAUUAGAGUAUCGUUUUUCUGAAAUUGAUAAAAAUGUUUUGUAUCAAGUAGCCACAUUUUUAGACCCACACUACAAAGGGAAAUUCUUCAGUGAGAUUCUCAUAAAAGAAAUA